AUGGAGAUUUUUUCAUGGCAGAUGUACGUCAAAGGUUGCUCUGUUUUGAGUAUGUACCUAAAGGAAGUCUUGAUGAGUAUAUCAAAGAUGCAUCUUGUGGACUUGACUGGAUAAAGAGCUAUCAGAUAAUAACGGGAAUAUGUGAGGGUUUACAUUACCUUCAUUUGAAUCAUAUUGUUCACUUAGAUCUGAAGCCCGCAAAUAUUUUGCUGGAUGACAACAUGACACCGAAAAUUACCGACUUUGGUCUGUCAAGGUACUUUAAUGAAAAUCAAAGUCGGGCUAUUACCAAAAAUAUGUCUGGAACGCUGGGUUAUAUGGCACCAGAGUUCCAUAGCGGAGACAUAUACACAAUCACAUACAAGUCAGAUAUUUACAGUCUUGGUGUCGUAAUUAUAGAGAUGCUGACAGGAAAAAAGUGGUAUCCAGCAUAUCCUGAUGUUGAUGAUGUACUUCAAAGUUGGAGGAAUAAGUUGGGGAAAUCACCCGAGGACACACAAUUGAAACAGAUACGGUUAUGCACCGAGCUAGGGAUAAUGUGCAUUGAUGGCAACCAAGCAAACAGACCAGAUACAUCACAUAUAAUCAAUAGGCUUGGUGAAACGGGAAAUACAUGUAUUGUAGCUGGUGUGAGUAGUUUAAUAAUACCACAGGUAGAAAGGACUUUGGAAAAUAUGGAGGAUGCCACUAACAACUUGCUUCUGAAUGAUGGUACUGAGAAGAAUGUUAUUCUUGGGUUGGGGGCGGCUAAAAAUGCCUGUGCGGUCCAAGAAUGUCUCAAUGAUACUCCUCAUGUUAUUACAGUCGAAUCUGGUCCAUCAAUGUCUACAGAGGAACUUAACCUUCAAGAGGCCUUGCGGUUCAUUAAGGAUGAUCCUGUGGGAGUGAUUGGAAUAUGGGGUCCAGGUGGAGUAGGGAAAACACACCUUUUGAAAAAUAUCAAGAACUCGCUGGAUGGAGACGUGACCUUUAACUAUGUCGUACAAGUGACAGCUUCAAGGGGGUGUUCGGUGGAAAAGAUCCAAAUUCACAUUGCACGCCAACUUGACCUGAACCAAGAUGGUAAUAUGGAAUCUCAAUCUCGUGUCAUCUUUGACUUCCUGAAGAAGAGAAACUUUCUUAUAUUGCUGGAUGAUCUCUGGGACCAAAUUGAUCUGCAAGCAGUUGGCUUGCCAUACCCCCUUGGAAGUGUGAACCAAAUCAAGAGAAAAGUGGUGCUCACAACAAGAUCAAGAAAAAUUUGUGGUCAAAUGGAGGUGAGAAAAGAGUUUAAAGUAACUUGUCUGCGGGAGGAUGAGGCAUGGCAGCUAUUCAAAGAUAAGGUCGGGAACGAAACUCUUUCUUAUAGUCCUCACAUUGGUACUCUUGCAAGAGAACUUGCGAAGGAAAUGAAGGGCUUGCCAUUAGCUUUGAUAACUAUUGGAAGGGCAAUGUAUGCAAAAUUUGACACAAUUGAGUGGGAAUAUGCCAUCCAACAUAUGAAACGGUCAUGUUGCGAUAACGAUGACCCUCUAGAUAUGGAAAGAGUUGUUUUCAGCCAGGUCAAAUUUAGUUUUGAUAGUUUACGCAACAACACUCUGAGGAAAUGUUUUUUGACUUGUGCACUAUGGCCAGAGGAUAACAAUAUUUCCAAAGAAGAGCUCGCUCGAUGUUGGAUUGGCUUAGGUCUAGUGGAUGAGCGAGACAUACAAAGUUCCUACACAAAAGCAUAUAGUCUCAUGGGUGACCUUUCAGCAGCAUGUUUGUUAGAUGGUUGUGGAAAAUUGUAUGAUUCUGUUAAAAUGCAUGAUGUGGUUCGUGACAUGGCUUUAUGGAUCUCUUGUGGCUGUGGUAAAAACAAUGGCAAGUGGUUUGCCUAUGGAGGAGUUGCCCAAGAUGAAAAAUUUAGUAUCCCUUGGAGCCAAGUUGAGUGUGUCUCAUUGGUGAAUAACUAUUUGUCAGAACUUCCUCCUGUUGGUACCAAUCCUCGUCACAUGCGGAUGUUAUGCCUUAGAAAUAAUCGGUUGAAUGAAAGUAUGAUAGCUAAAGAAGUCAAGAAAUUCACUUCACUGACAUAUUUGGAUUUGAGCUUCAACCAUCUGAGGGAGAUACCUAAAGAAUUAUGUUCUUUGGCAAACCUGGAACACCUUGAUUUGUCCCAUAAUUAUUAUAUAAAAGAAGUGCCUCGUCACUUUGGAAACCUCAUUAAGCUCAAGUUCUUGUACCUUGAAGGGACUAUCAUACAAAGGUUACCAGAGGGGGUCAUAUCUAGCCUUCAAGCAUUGCAAGUAAUAGACUUCAAAAUUCAAGUUGGUGAUGACCUUUUUCCAAGAAUGCUUCAAGAGUUGGGCACCCUAUCCCACUUGAAAGCAGUUGGCAUCUAUGUCCUUUUUUUCCCUCAGUAUGAAUUAUUUCUAAGAGAAAGCAGCAAGCUCGCCAUCAGGUAUUUAAAUCUGCACAUACUCACGACGUGUUCACUUGACCCCUCUGCUAUUCAUGACUUCACACGAGGAACCUUGCAUGAACUGGAAAUUGAAAUGUGCGACAUUAAGGAAAUUAUAUUAGGGCACAAGUUGGCAGGACCAACCUGUUGUUUUGGUACUCUCAGUCGGCUCAUUUUGACAGCUUUGUCAGACUUGAGAGAGAUAACUUGGAUGGGAACAUCUCCAGCAUCUCUUUUUCCAAGGCUUGCCUACUUGAUGGUGGGGGGCUGCGGGAAGCUAAAUGACCUCUCUUGGGCGAUCUAUCUGCCUUGCCUCGAACAACUCAUAAUAGUUGCCUGUGAUUUGAUGCAGCAAGCAUUUACUAGGCACCUUGGUGAUGACAAGUUCAGCGAACAAGACAAUGUGAAGACGUUUCCCUGCCUCAAAUAUCUGAACAUUUCGAAGUGCAGAUCGCUGGUCAGUAUUGGAGAUCCCAAUGUGACAUUUCCAUCCCUAGAGCGACUGGAGCUUGGAUAUUCUCGAGAAUUGAAGAGUCUUCCUUUCAAGAUGGACAGCUUGCCACGAAGAUUGCAGCUACUGGAGAUUGAUGUUAAAUCCUGGGAGAGAUUGGACCUCGAUGGUGUCAAAUCUUUCCUGCAACCCAGACUUAAAUUGUACUAGAAUAAAUACCAUGAGUGAUCCGUCCAUUCCAUCCUGUACGCUUCUUUCUAGCAUGAAUACCAUGACGGAUAGGCAACUGUAUUGUUGUAAAUCGUCCAGGAGUGUUAUCAGCAAGGAUGCUUCCUUCA